AUGUGGACUGCUAAUUUUUUGACAUUUGCCCUGCUAGCACCAGGAGCUCUCUCGUCAGCCCUCCACCCUGCGCGUCGUCAGUCUAGCCUGAGUGACUAUAUCAAAUCGGAAUCGUCUAUUGCCCUCCAGGGUGUGCUCGACAAUAUUGGUGCCGAUGGGUCUAAAGUUUCGGGCGCCUCGUCUGGUGUUGUGGUAGCAUCCCCAUCUAAAGUGAACCCUGAUUACUUUUACACCUGGACUCGGGAUGCAGCUCUGACCUUGAAGGUCCUGGUUGACAGGUUCAUUGCAGGAGAUAGCUCGUUGGAAUCUACUAUUCAACAGUAUAUCUCUGCACAGGCCAAGUUGCAGACUGUCUCCAACCCUUCGGGGGAUCUGUCUAAUGGCUCAGGACUUGGUGAGCCCAAGUUCAAUGUGGAUAUUACAGCAUUUACCGGUGACUGGGGCCGACCUCAGCGCGAUGGACCAGCGCUACGAGCGACCGCUCUGAUUGCAUAUGGAAAACAUCUGGUCUCGGCUGGACAAGAGUCCCUUGUUACGUCAAACAUUUGGCCCAUUGUGCAGAACGAUCUCAAUUACGUUGCGCAGUACUGGAAUCAAACUGGAUUUGAUCUCUGGGAGGAGGUCCAAGGUUCCUCUUUCUUCACCAUCGCUGCGCAGCAUCGGGCCUUGGUAGAAGGGAGUGCAUUUGCCCAGUCGCUGGGUCAGUCGUGCACUGGGUGUGAUUCCCAAGCUCCCCAGGUUCUGUGCUUCCUCCAGGACUUCUGGAACGGCUCCUCUGUCGUCUCCAACUUGGCAAACGACGGGCGCUCGGGCCUGGAUGCGAAUUCCCUGAUCAGCUCCAUCCAAACAUUUGACCCUGAAGCUGCAUGCGAUGACACGACCUUCCAGCCCUGUUCUGCACGCGCUUUAUCCAAUCACAAACUAGUCGUUGACUCCUUCAGAUCGAUUUAUACCGUCAACAGCGGCAAAUCUGCUGGUGAAGCGGUCGCUAUCGGACGAUACGCUGAGGAUACUUACCAGGGCGGAAAUCCUUGGUAUUUGGCCACAUUGGCUGCCGCUGAACAGCUGUAUGACGCUCUCUAUCAGUGGGAUAAGCAGGGAUCGAUAGCUGUUACUCAAGCCAGCCUCCCAUUCUUCCAGGCCCUCGUCUCUUCCGCCGCCACUGGGACUUACUCCAGCUCUUCAUCCACUUACUCGUCGCUCACCAGCGCGGUCAAAACCUAUGCGGACGGAUUUGUGUCUAUCGUGCAGCAAUACACGCCCAGCAAUGGAUCUCUGGCAGAGCAGUUUACCAGAGAUAGUGGUGUCCCGACCUCUGCUGGAGAUCUGACUUGGUCCUACGCUGCAUUUCUUACUGCCGAAGAUCGUCGGGCUGGUGCCGUACCCAGUUCCUGGGGCGCAUCUGGUGCGAACCAAGUCCCCUCACAGUGUUCAGGAAGCUCGGCGACAGGAAGUUACGCGACUCCUUCAGUUGGAGCAUGGUAG